AUGGAUGAACUACUAGUGGAAGUGAGAGGAACAAGUGGUGCCUUUUAUAAGGCAUUUGUGAAGGAUGUCCACGAAGGCUCUAUCACAGUUGCAUUUGAAAACAAUUGGCAGCCGGAGCGCCAGAUCCCAUUGCAGGAUGUGCGAUUUCCUCCUCCGACAGGGUUCUGCAAAGAAAUAAAUGAGAGCGAUGAGGUCGAGGUGUAUUCUAGGGCAAAUGACAAGGAGCCAUGUGGAUGGUGGUUGGCCAAAGUUCGCAUGGUUAAAGGAGAGUUUUACGUUAUAGAGUAUGCUGCAUGUGAUGCGACGUUAAAUGAGAUUGUGACGCUGGAACGGUUACGGCCGAUCAAUCCCAGCAAACCAGCCACAAAAACUACCUUCAUCAAGAUCAGACUGGACGUCCCUGAUGAUCUACGGCAAAUGUGCUCUAAGGAAUCGGCACACAAAGACUUUAAAAAGGCUGUUGGAGCAUUCAGUGUCACCUACGACUCUGAGAAGAAACAGCUGGUAAUCUUGUCAGUAAAUGAGGUCACAGCAAAGCGGGCCAACAUGAUGAGCGACAUGCACUUCAGGAGCCUCCGUACCAAACUGUCUCUCAUGCUAAGGAAUGAAGAGGCUAGCAGACAACUCGAGAGUUCCCGACAGCUGGCAUCACGGUUCCAUGAACAAUUUGCAGUGCGUGAUGAUUUAAUGGGACUCGCCAUCGGGACUCACGGUGCCAACAUUCAGCAAGCCCGUAAAGUCCCGGGAGUCACUAAUAUCGACCUUGAUGAAGAGACUUGUACAUUCCAUAUUUACGGAGAGGACCAGGAAGCUGUCCGUAUUGCUCGGAGUUUCUUGGAGUUCUCUGAAGAUGUCAUCAAAGUACCCCGGAACUUAGUAGGCAAAGUGAUUGGAAAGAGUGGUAAACUAAUCCAAGAAGUGGUUGAUAAGUCUGGUGUCGUGCGGGUUCGUAUUGAACCAGAAAAUGACAAAAAGCCUUUGGUGGGGUCAAUGGGAGGAGCAACAGCAUCAGCAACCGAUGAUGGAAUGGUGCCCUUUGUCUUUGUGGGGACCAAGGAAAGCAUCUCAAAUGCAACGGUACUGCUAGACUAUCACCUGAACUACCUGAAGGAGGUGGACCAGCUUCGUCUGGAGCGUCUUCAGAUUGAUGAGCAGCUGAGACAGAUUGGUGGCGGGGGUGGUGUUAGUGGGACGGGCCCACGAAAUCUUAAAGACAAAAGCUAUGUGUUUGACAAUGGCACGGGCCUUGGGAGAGGUGCAGGGGGAGGGAAGCCUUAUGGAGGAGGAGGAAGAGGCGGUCGAGGAAGAAGAGGAGGGAGUGCUGCUUUUGCCUCAGGCACCAAUUCAGAGGCAUCCAACGCUUCAGAGACAGAAUCUGACCACAGAGACGAGCUCAGCGAUUGGUCCCUGGCUCCCACAGAAGAGCUAAUGACAGGUGGUGGAACGUUACCCAGACGGACUGAUGGGAGAAGGCGGCCAGGUGGGGCAGGACUUCGGGGGCGAGGAGGAAGAGGAAGAGGAGGAUAUAAAAGUGAUGAUGUUCAGUGGAGUGACCCAAGGCCUCGUCAUAUCAGAGAGCCCAAAACGAGAGCUCAGGAUGAUAACUUGCAGAUUCGCGUGGAUGGAAACAAUGAACGUAGCGUGCAGCAUUCCUCAGGAGGGAGAGGAGGAGGGCCUUCAUCGCAGGGUGGGCACAGUGGCGGUGGUGAGGGCCCGCUGCGCCAUCAUCAGCGAACCGUUCGGGACCGCGGAAUGAAGAAAGAGAAGCAGGAUACUCCCCCUCUGGUGAACGGAGUGUCGUAG